GCACUGCAUGCACGGCUUCAAACUAAUUUUGGAUAAGCAACAUCUACCAGAUAAUAAGGCUGACACACCUAGUUCGUUCAAGGUUUCCUGCAAACAGUCUUGAAUUUCCAAAUCACUUCUAGGAUAUUCCUAGGACUGAAACCUUCCUGGGACACCAGGCGAACCUACAGGGCACAUAACCUCACUUCCCAAUGCUGCUACCCACUGCAGGUGCCAUGACCCCAUGAGAUGCAGUGCAGCAGAGGGAAUUCAUUAAGGAGAAAUGAGAACGUUUAUCCAAAUUAAAAGCUACAUUUGAUAAUAAGGUGAUUUAACAGACAGGGUCUGGAAAUCAGUAAAUAGAGAAAUGAUACUUAAUCUCAUAUUUUGACAUUAAUGAUUAGACAAAAGGGCAAGAAUUGUCCCAGGCCAGGAACACCAAUAUGUGAAGUGGUUUUCUUGAGGGAGAAAAAUAGAUGUUAGUGAGGAAUGCAAAUUUCACACCCAAAAUAUUCCAAGGAGUGUUAGGGCAGGAGGACAAGGUCAUUAGCAGGGUAAUUAAUUACAAGAAGGAUAGUCCCUGAUGUUACCCUCUGCUCUGCAGCCAGUGCACAGCAAAGACAGAAAUCCAGCGAGAGCUCCACUCUGAGCACUUGCACCAGAAGCAAUAUUGAAGGAGUGGCCAGGAGAUAGAAUCAUUUUAAAAAGUGAAAGAAUUCUUUUAAAAGCGGAAGUUUAGGGAAGAUCAGUAACUGUUCCAGGCACAUGAAACCAAACACACUCCCUCACUGACACACACUCAGAAGACGCUGCAGAGGAGACCAGAGCACAGCAAUCCACAGAGGAAAACAGAAGCAGAAGCUCAGAGUGCAUCAUUUGGAAUCUGCAGCUGGCACGGGCUAAGAAAGCAGUUCAGAGCCAGAGCUGGGUCUAAGCCUCAGGCCUGGGAUGCUCAGCUGCCCCUCCUGCCCGUGCCCGCUCUGAGGGAUUCCCCAGGAGCCAUCCUGCCCAGCCCCAUGGUGAAGAGCUGCAGGGGCUGCCAAGGAGCCCCUCGCUGAGAGCAGCCUCUGCCCAGGAACAGCCGGCUCCUGCUGGUACCUGCAGAGGUACCUGCCCUGGUACCUGCCCUGGGAGAGGAAAUACCACCAUGCAAAUGAAAGCCACGACCCAAUUCAGCUCCUCCAGGAACGACAGCAACUGCACCAGCGACAGCAGGAUCAGCCAAGUCAUCUUCCCUUUACUCUACACAUUUCUGUUCCUGGUGGGGAUCACGAUGAACGGCCUGGCAAUGUGGGUCUUCUUUAAGAUAUCCAGUAAAUCCAAUUUCAUUAUCUUCCUCAAGAACACUGUGAUUUCCGACUUCCUCAUGAUCUUGACGUUUCCAUUUAAAAUCCUGAGUGAUGCAAAGCUGGUGUCCUGGGUCUUGCGAGGGUUUGUGUGCCAGGUGACCCAGGUGGUGUUUUACUUCACCAUGUACAUCAGCAUCCUGUUCCUUGGUCUGAUAACAAUUGAUCGCUACCAGAAAGCCACCUCACCCUUCAGAACAUCAACCCCACGGAGCCUUUUAGCUGCCAAGAUCCUGUCCACAGCAAUCUGGGUGUCCAUGUUUGCUCUCUCGUUGCCCAACAUGAUUUUAAAUAAUAAGAAGAAAACACCCAAGAACGUAAGGAAGUGUGCUCUCCUGAAAUCAGACUUUGGCUUAGUCUGGCAUGAAAUUGUAAACUACAUUUGUCAGCUCAUCUUCUGGGUUAACUUAGCAGUCAUAGUGGUAUGCUACAUCCUGAUCAGCAAGGAACUGUACAAAUCCUACAAAAGGACACGAUGCACAGGGAAGGCAUCUAAAAAGACUGUCAAUCUCAAGGUUUUCAUAAUAAUUGCUGUGUUCUUUAUUUGUUUUGUGCCAUUCCACUUUACCAGAAUCCCCUACACCUUGAGCCAAACGAGAGAUGUGUUUGACUGCUCUGCUCAGAACACCCUGUUCUACCUGAAGGAGACCACGCUGUGGCUGACAUCCCUCAAUGCCUGCCUGGAUCCGUUCAUAUACUUUUUCCUUUGCAAAUCGUUCAGGAAAUCCCUGCUAGACAUGCUGUGCAAGCACAGGGCAGUGUCGGGGCUCGGGGUGAAGGGGCAGAACGAGGGUGACGACACUGACGAGACGCCGCUCUAGGUCUCGGGCUCCACACGCGUUUACUGAGGGUGGCAGGAGCACAAAUCCACCAGGAGCAUCCAGAACUUCACCGACCUCUUUAGAAAUAGCCCUGCAGAUGAAGCACGAGCACCCUGCAGCCACCACCACUGCCUGCAAAAACAGAAAACUUAAAUAACAGAGGAGACCCCUGCCCCAACCUCCCCCCCUGCCAAAACAGGAGCUCCCCAGACCCCAACCUCCCCCCCUGCCAAAACAGGAGCUCCCCAGACCCCAACCUCCACCCCUGCCAAAACAGGAGCUCCCCAGACCCCAGCCUCCACGCCUGCCAAAACAGGAGCUCCCCAGACCCCAGCCUCCCCCCCUGCCAAAACAGGAGCUCCCCAGACCCCAACCUCCACCCCUGCCAAAACAGGAGCUCCCCAGACCCCAACCUCCCCCCCUGCCAAAACAGGAGCUCCCCAGACCCCAGCCUCCACGCCUGCCAGAACUGCUGGGAAGGAGCCCGGACUUAAAGGUGGAACUGUGAGGAAAAACUUAAAACAGAAUCAUGAAAUGCUACAGAUGAUAUCAUGAACUGCAAAGAUUUUGCAGAAAUAGCUGAACUUCAGCCAGAGUAAAGUUCAUGACAACACAAGAGCUGAGAAAUGCAGAUAAAAUCCACAGUAGAUGUGAUUUUUCAAUACAGGGAGUUGUCACCUUGUAUGCAACUGGCAGACAAACAGAAACCUAGAGAGAGCCAUUUGGGCAGAUUUUUGGUAACAGAAUAACACUUUGCUUAUCUCAUUCUAUGUUCGUACUUCCUAAUCCAUUGACCAAUAAUUAAUAGUUGUAUUUCAGAUGAAAUAAUUUCAUAAUCACGCUUGAUAUUAAUUAAAACCCCAAAUCCUUCCCCUUACUACAUAAAUAAACAAAACUUUAUGUUUUCA